AUGAGACCAGCAUGGGCAGCAUUCGCAGCCGACAGAGAAGCUACGGACCAACUGACGGACCAAGAUCUUCGUGCCCACCUGUUUGACUCGAUAGUUCUUCCAGUACUCUGCUACGCAGCGGAGACAUGGGCAGACACCGCUGCCAUGUCCAGAAAGCUACUUUGUAACCACAAGCCCUUGAGAGAUGUCUUCCAAAGUUUGAUCGGCGCACAAAACACCUAG